AUGGCAACAAAUGUCUCAACACCUAAAUGUGUUCGUAAAAGAGAAAAUUUUUUACAAAAAUUUCGUGAUGAACAAAGUAGAGAAUUAAAACAAAUAACGGCAACACAAUUCAUGGAAAUCUGGAGUCAUUAUGAUGUUGAUGGUAAUGGUUACAUCGAAGGUCAUGAAUUAGAUAAUCUACUUCAAGAACUUGCAUCGUCUGUUAGUAUCAGCGAUUUGAGUUUUGAGCUAAUACCCGAUAAUGUAUUGCGAGAAUUAAAAGAAUACUUCUUAGAUGCUUAUGAUGAUAAUGCAGAUGGUCGUAUUGAAAUUGGAGAAUUAGCUGAAAUAUUACCGACCGAAGAAAAUUUUCUUCUUCUUUUUCGUAAAGACAAUCCACUUGAGUCAAGUGUCGAUUUCAUGAGAGUAUGGAAACAAUUCGAUAAAGACUGUUCGGGUUAUAUUGAAGCUGAUGAAUUAAAACAAUUUAUUAAAGCACUUAUUAGUGCACGAAAAGGAAAUAAUGCAACUGAAGAAAAAUUAAUCGAAUAUACAGAUUCUAUUCUACAAAUUUUUGAUACAAAUCGUGACGGAAAACUGCAAUUUAGUGAGAUGACAAAACUCUUGCCUGUCAAAGAAAAUUUUCUUUUGCGGCCAGUAUUUAAAGGCUGUUCAUCAAUAACUUCGCAAGACCUCGAUAGAGUAUUUCAACUUUAUGAUGAAGAUGGUAAUAAUGUUAUUGAAGAAGAAGAAUUAGAUGGAUUUGUUAAAGAUCUUAUGGAUCUUGUUAGAAAAGAUUAUGAUAAUGAAGAUUUACAACAAUUUAAGCAAUCAUUAUUGAGUGGAUGUGAUCUUAAUCGAGAUAAAAGAAUUAGCAAAUCUGAACUUAAAAUGGUUCUAUUAGCAUUAAGUCAAGCACCUGAUCCUUAA